UAGAACAGUAAGUAAGCUUUUCCGUCGUUUUACUGACGUAGUUGCCCAUAGUAACCCGACGCUGAGGAAAAGAUGGGUUUACUAUCUAUUCUACGAAAACUUAAGAGUGCUCCAGAUCAGGAAGUAAGGAUUCUUCUUCUUGGUUUAGACAAUGCUGGGAAGACAACACUUUUGAAACAGUUGGCUUCAGAAGAUAUUAGCCACAUAACCCCUACACAGGGUUUCAACAUUAAAAGUGUGCAGUCUCAAGGUUUUAAGUUAAAUGUGUGGGAUAUUGGAGGACAGAGAAAAAUCAGGCCAUACUGGAGAAACUACUUUGAAAACACUGACGUUUUGAUUUAUGUCAUUGACAGUGCAGACAGGAAGAGAUUUGAAGAAACAGGGCAGGAAUUGGCUGAGUUGUUGGAUGAGGAAAAGCUGAGUGGAGUCCCUGUUCUUAUAUUCGCUAACAAGCAAGAUCUUCUUACUGCAGCUCCUGCUUCUGAAAUUGCUGAAGGAUUAAAUCUUCACACGAUUCGAGACAGAGUUUGGCAGAUACAGUCCUGCUCUGCCCUCACAGGCGAGGGAGUACAGGAUGGAAUGAAUUGGGUUUGCAAAAAUGUAAAUGCAAAGAAGAAGUAAGUGUUGAAAGCCUCCAAAGAAAAAAUGAGAACUGGAGGAGAAGGAUCCUGCUUGGCAGACAAACACUAAGUUCCACUAUAUUUGACCAUAUCUUCUCCUUCAUUGUCUAAUUGCGUCUGUGUCAAGGAGGAUUCCUGUUGAACAUUUUUUAAGAUGCAGUAUUUAUCUUGCAUUGAAAAAAAAAAACAGAAAUGAUGCCCCUCCAAAUAGUCUGUUUAAAAACACCCUCUGAGAUGCUUUCAUAUAGUUUCUUGUGAAUGAGAAAUCAGGAAGUGAUCUGUUUCAGAUGUUACUUUGUUACAAUUUGCAGUAGAACUGCACAUUUAAUUUAAAAGACAAAACACUUUGUUUUUCAUUAUCUCAGCGUUGUUACACAAUUUCAGUAUGUGAAAUACUUUUACAUCCAUCACUUGACUCUGUGUUCCUUUCUUUUAUGUGCUAUCUGUGAUGACAUUUGUGUAAUUUAAAACGAUUGUUAAAUUACUUAAUUUCUUUGUCUGUACGCAAGGAAGCACACGGUAAUGUCACUUGGUUACUGGCAUUAGAAAUGUCCUGUACUGAUUUGUUGAAGGUUUCCACUGCACACUGAUAAGUCUUCUGUCCUCUUAAAUUAUGUACUGCAAUGAAAGAAACUUGAGCAUUCCAGGUUAUAUUUUUCUAAGUGGUAGCUGUAAUUAUUUUGUGUAAUUUUCUGUAUCUUUGUUGGGAGGAAAAUGCUAAACCUGAUGAAUAAUGUUGAGUAGCAGAGAAUAAUUGUUCCUGUAACUAGAAAGUCAGAUCAUUCUUUGUAAUGACUACCCAUUCUGCUGUAGACUUUUUCCUGGAUUUUGUACUCUGACUAAAAUUGUUGCUCCCCCAUUAUUAAAAAAAAGAAUGUACUAGGCAAAAAGUGACUGGUGAGGAAGCGCCAUACAGGUCCUGCUUUCAUAUUGUCAUGACUAAAAAGUGUGUGCGUGCGUGUGUGUGUGUGUGUGUGUGUGUGUGUGUGUGUGUGUGUGUGUGUGUGUGUGUGUGUGUGUAUGUAUGUAUAUAUAUAUAUAUAUAUAUAUGUAUAUAUAUAUAUAUAUAUAUAUAUAUAUAUAUAUAUAUAUAUAUAUAUUUCAGGCAAACCACAUCCUAUUUUAUUGUUAUAGCUGAGGGCUUUUUUGUUUAUUUUAUUGUAUUUUUAGUAUAAAGUUGCAGUGUAUGUAUCUUUAUUGUGAUGAAAUUAAUGUAUGCUUUGGGUGUUUUUGCCAGUAUUUUGAUGUUUGCAUUAUGAACUUGUCUAUAUUUUAAAUGCACACACACACACACACACACACACACACACACACACACACACACACACACACACACACACACACACACACACACACUUUUCUGCACACUCAUAGGUGGAGUAUUAGACAUGCACAUUCACCUACAAGUGGUGUAAUUUGUCUGCUGUGCUCUCAAGUUUCAUUCACAACACAAAUGUUUUGGAAGAAGGAGAUGGUUUCUGAAAUAGCAACGAUAAAAACAGAAUGUCAUUCUCUGUUUUUCACCAGAAGCAACAACGGUUGGAAUGUUCAUGUUAAGUAAUAUGCUCUGUUUACUGCAGCAAAGGGAUGCAGGGGUAUAUGCUCUUUUUCAUUCUGUAACAUGCAGAGAAUUGGCACACUCGUAGCACAUAUACAAGUAACAUUUUAUGUAGUUGUGCAUCACUGAUUAGUUUAUUCUAGGCAGGAUGUGUUUUUCUGUAGUAUUUAAUAUGCUUCCUCAUCACCCUCUUCCUACUUUUUUUUUUAAUAUUUGAGAUAUGAAAUAAGUAGUAUUUAAGCAUUCUUCUCACCCCCUCCCAUUAAUGUUUGUUUCUCCAAGUCUUAAGAUUUGAAAUAAAAACACUCAAAACAUUA